ACUUCCUCCAAACCAGAACGUUCCCCCAGAGCAGAUCAGUUACGAGCAACUGCACUACAGACAGGACAAGAAGAUUGGGGACGAUGGAAGUGAAAGUGUCGGUGGACGGUAUCCAACGUGUUGUUUGCGGAGUUACAGAGAAAACAACAUGCCAAGAAGUGGUCAUAGCGUUGGCUCAAGCCUUGGGUCAACCUGGGCGCUACACUUUACAGGAGAAAUUUAAAGACUUUGAGCGGUGCAUGGCCCCUAAUGAAUGCCUUCUGGAGACUCUUGAAAAGUAUGGUGAGCAGGCCAGGGAGGUCCAACUCACACUGCUCCACAACGGACCCUCAGUCUGGGAUGAAAUGAGCAGGACAAAAGUUGUCAGAUAUAAGCCCUGCCCGCCAUUAAGAAGAAAAGAUGCAGGCACCAGAAUGGGGCGGGGCAGCAGUUCACUAAGUUUGCACCGUCAAAGCCUGCCACCGCUGUCCUGUUUAAGACAAGAGGAAGAGCAGCAAAAAGAGGUCUUGAAAAGGCCUAAAAGAAAGUCUCUGACGCUCAUGGAGGAGGCCUGGGGGUGGCUGGAGAGCCUGGGUAAAGGCAAGGUAUAUAGUACUGCUUCUGAUAAGGAAAGCAGUAAGAGGACAGAUAAAAGAAAUCGUACCCCUUUGGGUGUUUCUCUCACUGUUAACGAAGGUAACCCAGGUCAAAGCAGCAGAUGCAAAGUCAGAGGUCAGAAAAGUUUAAAGCACGACUUGGACAAUCAGACAUCCUGCUGCAUGGGAAGUCAGACCAGGAGUAAAGAAAGCAAACACACGCUGAAAGCUCAAGUGGCACUACCUGAUGACCUGUCCGGUUUAAACUGCGCUACAACUGAAGAUGAGAAAAACAGUGUAAGAGAAACCAUAAUAUAUCAACUCAGCUGUUUGCAGGAUAUACAGGUCCAGAUAGCGUGCAUAGACAAACAGAUUUUGGAGCUUGAGGAAAAACAGAGGGCCAAAAAAGCUGAGCAGGAGGCUCAGCGGAGAAUGGUUGAAGAGGAGAUGGAACAAAUCAAGUUUUGGGAGAAUGAAUUAAAGGCAGAGGAAGGUUACGAGAAAGAUUUGCAAUGCCAGUUCCUUGAGAUGAGGGCUAAUGCUGUGGGGUGCAAGACUAAACUGGAGGAGUACAAGCGCAAAAUGCAGGGGCUUGAUUUCUUUGCUACUCAAAACGUUGUUCAAGAGGAUUUAGAGCGGUUUUCAAAAGGUGCAAGUUCUGCCACAGAGAUUUCCGCUGAUUCAACUAAGGACCUAAAUCAGCAGCAAUCUGAUUCACAUGGGGAUGUAAACAUUAACAGGAAGUUCCUGCCCAGAGAGGACUUGCACCCUCCUCAUGCUCUAAAUCCUCCCAACCAGAUAAAAGAGCGACGGCCCACAGGGCCCACCGAGCUGAGGGAGUGGUGGGCACGCUGGGCUCAAGCCCAAACCCCUCAAUCGCAGAAUAAAAAGAAGGUGAUCCACCGCUCUGAGCUCACUAUCCAUCUGGGCAGUACCAAGGUUUAGAAUCAAAUGAACAGAGGUCACCCAUUUGAAGUCAAUAAAUACUAAGAAUGCUUCAUUGCACACAAGUUGUGGUAUUUUCUUUUCUUAAAAUGCAAGAUGCUGAUCCUACUGGUUUAACUUGUAUUGAGCAUUUGUAAAUGGACUGUUUUCAUUUGUAUCAGACUUACUGUUCCAUAUUAGAAGGGCACCACGGUGAUCCUCAGUAAGGGAACAAGGAUAGGGGGGUGAAAUUGGAUGUCGAACAGAAAACGCUUCAAUAAAAAAAA